AUUCGAUGUUCAAAUGUCUGAAUUUCUCAUAAUUGUUUGGUUUCCCUUUUUGCCGCUAGGCGCGCGCGGGUAAACAAAGCAGAAGUCAAGUCUAGCAGAAGUCUUGUUUCUCAGCAAAGGCAGACGAAUUUUGACGCAAUUCAAUUUUUACGUUUUCGCCUUACGGAAGUGAGCUCAGAGAAGUGUCAUCGUACUAAAUUGCUGCUCGGGAGUGAUUUUUGUGCACAGUGUUGGUGGCCUGUGAGCUCAGUGUGUGAGGUUAGAGUUAGCCAUGCUUCGAACUCUGACUUUUCGUACAGCCCGUGCUUUGGCUCGAGCGAGCUCGGAGGCUGUGUCAGCAGUGUCCUGUCCCUGUAAACUCCAGCCAAGGAUUGCUGUUUACCGACUCUCAGGCUCAAUUCAAGAAGCCCCUUCUAGGCGCUUUCUCCAUGGCAGCAGUUUUCUGUUUCGGGCAACCGAGUUGCCAGCCCAAGGGGAAAACAGCAAAGAUGCCUCUGAUCGUGUCGUCGUAGGGCAAGCAAGUCCUAAAAUGCAUCUAAUGUACACGUGUAAAGUGUGUCAGACAAGGAAUCAUCAUGUCAUUUCUCGCCUCGCUUAUACCAAAGGUGUUGUCAUUGUGGAGUGCAAGGGUUGUGAAAACGAUCACCUUAUAGCAGACAAUUUAGGAUGGUUCUCAGACCUUGGAGGACAGCGGAACAUUGAAGAGAUACUAGCAGCUAAAGGAGAAACUGUGAAGAGGAUAGUUGCGCAAGGAGGAUACUAUGAAGAAACAGCAUCUGAUGAAGGAGAAAGCGCAUCAGUUCUAUUACCGAAACCCAAAGACUAAAAGAUUUAUUCUUACUGUAAUUGUUAUCUAGUAAGCAAUUGUGAUAAGAAUUUUGUUGGCCAUAUGUAUUAAUAAAAAUAUCCUUUAUAACUA